AUUUUGGCAUCUAAGAGCGAUUCUCAUUUGAAGCACUUAUUGCAACGCGCUCCUGAAUAUUGUCCAGAAUCAAUGAGAGAGGUUUGGGGCUGUAUAAAUUCUUCUUUGCCAGGUGUUUUGAAAAAAUCUGAUGGCUGGGUUGGCUUAGGGUGCUGUGAAUUAGCUGUUGCUGUAGAAUGUCGACAAGCAUGUAAACAGGCAUCUUCAAAAAAUGAUAUUUUGAAAAUUUGCAGGAAAGAAUAUGAGAACACCCUUUUUAGUUGUAUUAACAGAAAUGAAAUGGGAUCAGUUUGCUGCAGUUACGCUGGCCAUCAAACAAAUUGCUGGGAAUACUGUCAAGCAAUCUUUCGAACAGAUACUUCACCAGGCCCUUCCCAGAUAAAAACUCUUGAAAGUUACUGUGUCUCUGUGAGUCCACUGUUAGUGAAUUGUGUGAAUAACUAUACACAGUCAUAUCCAAUGAGAAAUUCAACAGAUAGUUUAUACUGCUGUGAUAGAGCAGAAGAUUAUGUUUGCCAAACAGCUUGUAAAAGGAUACUGAUGUCAAUGAAAACAGAACAUGAAAUUGUGGAUGGACUUAUUGAAAGCUGUAAAACAAUGCCUCUUCCACAGGAUCCUCUUUGGCAAUGUUUCUUGGAGAGCUCAAGAUCUGUUCAUCCUGGAGUGACACUGCAUCCACCACCUUCAACAGUUCUGGAUAGUGCUAAGUUGCACUGCUGUUCAAAAGCAAAUACUUCCUUGUGUAGAGAUGUAUGCACUAAACUUUAUACAAGCAGCUGGGGCAAUACACAAAGCUGGCAAGAAUUUGAUCGUUUUUGUGAAUAUAAUCCAGUUGAAGUUUCCAUGUUGACUUGCUUAGCAGAUGUACGUGAACCUUGUCAGUUGGGCUGUAGAAAUCUUACUUUCUGCACUAAUUUUAAUAACAG